AACACUGUUUUGCAAACAUUUCCUUUGCCAGCUAUUUUGGCAACACUAAAAGGAGCAUAUUUUUUAUUUAUGCAAAAAAUCUUAUUUGGCGGAAAUAGUUUGAAUUUCUGCGGAAUUUAUGUGAAAUCCAAUGCAAAAAUAAAUGCUUAAGGUAUUAAAAUGUUAUAAAUUCUUUUCGUCUAAAAGAUGCUACGCUAAAAAGGACCUAAACAUAGAAAUGAAGUACCUAAAUGUGGCAGAGAAAAAUGAUGCGGCGAAGACAAUUGCUGGUCAAUUGUCCAAUGGAACUGCCAGAAGACGUGAAGGCCUUUCGGUUUAUAAUAAAAUUUAUGAAUUUGAAGCAACAGUUCUGGGUAGAAAGAGUAAAAUGGUAAUGACUUCGGUGUCGGGACAUUUGCUGACAUUCGAAUUUCUAAGUUCUUAUCGAAAUUGGAAUAACGUUGAUCCACAAAGUCUAUUCGAUGCCCCCGUACGUAAAGCUUGCAGUGAAAAUUUCGCAGCUAUUAAACGUACACUGGAACGGGAGGUACGCAGUUGUAAUGGUUUAAUCGUCUGGACAGAUUGUGAUCGUGAGGGCGAGAAUAUUGGUUUUGAGAUUAUAGAUGUAUGUCGAGCUGUUAAGCCGAAUAUUACGGUUUAUAGAGCAAUUUUCUCCGAAAUUACUAAAGCUUCGGUUAAUAGAGCCCUACAAAACUUAACACAGCCGGACAAACGUCAAAGUGAUGCAGUGGAUGUGCGAUCCGAAUUGGAUUUAAGGACAGGAGCGGCUAUAACACGUUUCCAAACGAUGCGUUUACAAAGAUUAUUUCCCGAGAAAAUAUCUGAUAAGUUGAUUUCUUAUGGCAGUUGUCAAAUACCCACAUUGGGUUUUGUGGCCGAACGUUAUAAAGAAAUUGAGGCAUUUGUGUCGGAACCUUUUUGGAAGAUUAAAGUAACUCAUACCAUAGAAGAUUUAACGGUAGAAUUCCUUUGGGCCCGCAAUCGUCUCUUCGACAAACAGGCAUGUGAAGACUAUUAUCUUCUGGUUAUAGCGAAUCCCACAGCUACUGUAGAAAGUGUAACGGUGAAACCUAAAAGUAAAUGGCGACCCACACCUUUGGAUACGGUGGAAUUGGAAAAAUUAGGUUCACGAAAAUUGAAAUUAUCCGCCAAGGAGGUUAUGACUAUAGCAGAAAAGUUAUAUACCAAGGGUAUUAUCAGUUAUCCACGUACGGAAACAAAUAUGUUUUCCAAGGAAAUUGAUUUAAAAUCUUUAGUAGAGCAGCAAACAGGUCAUGGAGUUUGGGGUUCAUUUGCUCAACGUGUAGCGGAAUGGGGACCAAAUCCAAGAAAUGGCAAUAAAUCUGAUCAGGCUCAUCCACCGAUACAUCCCACUAAAAUGGUGCCAAAUUUAGAUGGCAACGAGGGUCGUGUGUAUGAGUUAAUUUGCCGGCAUUUUUUGGCAUGUGUCAGUAAGGAUGCCACUGGUUCCGAAACGAUAGUAACAAUUUCCAUUGAAGGUGAAAAGUUCACAGCUACAGGUUUAGUUAUUUAUGAACGCAACUACCUAGACGUUUAUAUAUACGAUAAAUGGAAUGCCAAACAAAUACAUAAAUACGAACAGGGACAAAAGUUUGAACCAACAGAAAUAACAAUGCCAGAAGGUGCGACCACAGCACCACCGCUCCUAACAGAAGCUGAUUUAAUAGCACUGAUGGAAAAACAUGGCAUUGGAACAGAUGCCACGCAUGCGGAACAUAUUAAUACCAUUAAAGAAAGAGGUUAUAUUGGAGUGGUGGAUAAAGGAUGUCUAGUGCCAGGAGUUAUAGGCAUGGGUCUCUAUGAGGGAUAUGAUGCUAUGGAAUUGGCUUUAGCUAAACCUAUGUUAAGAGCUGAAUUCGAACAAGAUUUAAAAAAGAUUUGUUUAGGUGAAAAGGACCCCAAAACAGUAUUGCGUGAGCAAAUUGUUAAAUAUAAAGAAGCCUAUAAACAAAUUAUGGACAAAAUUAGUGCAAUGGAUGAAAAAAUGGCCCAACGUAUUUUAGAAACCCCAAACCAGCAUAAUACUAACAACACUAACUCUAAUAGCAACACCGAAAGUCGUUCAGGAGCCUCAGAAAAUCAAAAUCGUUUGCAAGAAAUAUUCAAAUGUCCCAAAUGUUCCAUUGCUCCCAUGGCUUUAAAACCUAAAAAGAAUCAAACCGGUUUUCUUAUCGGUUGUCUAAAUUUUCCCGAUUGUAAAAAUUGCAUUUGGUGGCCAGAUGAAUGUAAAGAACCCCAUGCUCUAGAUGAAACCUGCAAUAAAUGUGGUUCUGAAAUGAAAUUAAUAAAAUUUAAAUUUUCAAAUCCCUAUCAUAAAGCCAUGUUUAAUUGUCCUUCUGGUUGGUAUAAAAUCUGUCUACGAUGUGAUGAACAAUUUCGUAAUAUAUUCAAUAUAAAUUUGGAUAGUGUUAAAAGAGUUGGUCCGAUAGUAGCAGACAUUUCAUCUAUACCUAUUAAUUAUGGUGUAACAACUCAACCAGCGCCCGCGGCAGGAUCAAACAAUAACACAGGCGGUAAAAAAUCUAAAAGUACAACCACUAAAACAAAGACAACUAAUGAUGCUGCUGGAGAAACUGAAACUAAAGCUAAGAAAACGCGUAAACCUUCCACAAAAACAACAACUACAAGUGCUAAUCAAAAGAAACAAACUGGUAAUACGAAUAUACGUUCCUAUUUUACGGCAGCUCCUCAACAAACAGCCGAUGAAAUUGCUGCCUCUGAGCUACAAGAUAUGCCAAUUGAUGCCUUUUUCGAUAGUAAUGAUGGAUUCGAUGAUUUAAUAUUAUCGGCCGAAGCAAAUAUACCAGUAACCACAUCCACGACGACGAGCAGAACAACACCACAAACCCGUACCGAAACCGUAUUAAGCGACGAUUUAGCAGCAGCAUUUAAUGAUGACGAUGAUGAUAUGUUUGCAGAUUUUCAAUGGGGUUCUGGUAAUCAAAAUGUCAAUAAACUAAAGGCACAAAGGCAAAGCAAUACUACAACAACAACGUCUGCAUCAGCGGCUUCAGCUAGAAAUAGAGCAGAAAUAGAUGAAAGUUUUAGCGAAUGGCUGCAGGAUGAUAAUGAUCUCAAUGACGACGAUUAUGUUUGGGGUAGUGCUGCUAAAAGUGCUAGACUGUCUGAAGUAGGUCCUUCCUUGAAAAAAUUCAAAUCACAAAAUACGGAAACAACAAAUGAUGAUAGUUAUGGCUGGGGUUCAACUAGUCGAGUAGUUACUGAGGAGACUGCGCUCAAUGUUAAAUGCACGGGAUGUCAUCAGCCGGCCAAAGAGUUAUCGGUUAAAAAAGAUGGUCCUAAUAAGGGUAGAAUGUUUUUUGUGUGUGCCAAAAGUGGUAACCCUUGUAAGUUUUUCCAGUGGGCCGACGAAAUUGAACAACAGAAUCAUUCAUCUAAUGCACAAACCUCUACAAGUAGCACUAGCAACUGGGGUUCUAGUGCUAACAGUAGGACAAGCAUUAGUACAGACAAUAACAGCAAUUGGGGUUCCAGUAGCAGUAGUAAUAGAAUCAAUACCACUAGCACUAAUUGGGGUUCUAGAGACGCGGACAUACCGGUUAGUAAAGAACAAGUAAAUUGUAAUUGCAAUAAACCGGCCAGUAGCUUAACGGUUCGCAAAGAAGGCCCUAAUAAGGGUAGAGAUUUUUAUGCUUGUGCUAAUCGUGACAAAUCUUGUGGUUUCUUUCAAUGGGCCGAUCAAACUGAAAAUACUGAACAAUCAAGUACAUAUUCUAGAGCAGAUACUACCUCUACAAAUUGGGGCUCAGGUAGCAGUAGUAAUAGAGCUAAUACUGCCAAUUCCAGUGGUUGGGGUUCAAGAGAAUUUGAGUCAACGGAUAAUGCAGAAAAAGUAAAUUGUAAUUGCAAUAAACCUGCCAAUAGCUUGACGGUAAGAAAAGAAGGCCCUAAUAAGGGGCGAAAUUUUUAUGCCUGCUCCAAUCGUGAUCAAUCGUGUGGUUUCUUUCAAUGGGCUGAACAAACUGAAGAUGACAGUCAACGUUCUUGGGGCAGUAGCUCAUCUGCCUCCACUAGCGCUAAUUUUAAACCAGUAGCAAAUAAAAAAGAUGAUUCUAAAACAGCUCCAAAGGGUCGUAAGUGUGGUUUGUGUCGCCAGGAAGGUCAUUCGCGACAAAAAUGUCCUCGUAAAGGAGAAUUUGAAUUUUAAGUUUUUUGUUUGUUUCAUUUUUGUAAAUUUUUUUAAACAUAUCCUUUGAAUUAUGUUCUGUUUAUAAAAAAAAUAUUAAUAAAAGUUGCAUAUAAGUUUUGUUAUAUGAAA